GGCGGGUUCUGCCGCGUGGCCCGCCUCGUCGAGCACGUCGUGCCCCUGAAUUCCAAGACGCGGCCCAAGAAGCUCACGUUCGCGUGCGGCGACGGGUCCCGGCGGUCGUUUCUGUUGAAAGGAGCGGAGGACGUGCACCUCGACGAGCGCGUCAUGCAGCUGCUGACGACGAUCCGCGAGGCCGUCGCGCUGGCGGCCAAGGGCGGCUUCGCGCCCCACGUGUCGACCUACGCCGUGCUCCCGCUGAGCCGGUCGAGCGGGUUGAUCGAGUGGGUGCCGCAGACGCGGCCGCUCAUCGACUUGUACCGCGACGCGACGUGGAGCCGGGGCCUCACGUCGGCCAUCGCCGAGCGCCAGGCCAAGCUCACGAAGAACGGCGAGGAGCCGGAGAAGCCCGAGGCGUCGUCGAAGCGCGACGCGCCGCGCGACAUGGUCGAGCGCGAGCUCGCGCGGUGGAGCGAGGGCGGCGACGACUGGUGCGCCCGGCGGCGGACCUACGCGGCGCGUUUGGGCGGGUCCUGCGUCGCGAACUACGCGCUGGGUUUAGGCGACCGCCACCUGGAGAACGUCUUGCUCGACGUCCGCGACGGCUCGGUCGUCGACGUCGACUGGGGCGUGUGCUUCGACGCGGGGACGCGGCUGCGCGUGCCCGAGGCCGUGCCCUUCCGCCUGACGCCGGCGCUCCGCUUUCCGUUGGGGCCCGCGGGCUGCGCCGCGGGGCCCUUCGCGGCCGCGGCGCGGAAGACGGCGCGCGCGCUCGGCGGGCCCGCGGGCGCCGCGGUGCUCGAAUUACUGGAAGUCGUCGCGAACGACGCGCGCGUCGAGUGGCGGGCGACGCUGGGCCACGGCAAG